AUGCUAUCAAGUGGCAACCUGGCGCAUCAUGUGGCCCUCAAGGCUUGCGAGCAUGAAUUUUCCCGACUGAACCUUAUCGGAGAAGUGGAAUUGCAACCCUUUUUUGGAGGAGAGGAAAGGACAGAAUCAGAGAUUAAGCUUGUUGGGACUCUAUUAAUAUCAGUGAACCGCACAGAUUGGAUGUGGAAGGCUUUCUUGCCACAAGGUUGCAACCGGGAUCAUCAAGUGGUGAAUGUAUUUGGGCCAAAUUCUGUUGAUAUUUCACAUUUACCGUUUCCACCUACCCUUGUUUUCAUCAGCAGGUUUGAUCCUUUACAAGAUUGGCAGAGAAAAUAUGUGGAGGGAUUAAAGAAAUGUGGGAAAACAGUGUAG